GGUGGCAACUUUACCAAUUACAGCAAAACAAAGAAAAAAGAUGCCGGAGGAAGAGCGAAAGAAGAGGGUGGUGGUGGAAUCGCUUGGAUGGCUGACGGAAUCCUCCAUCAUGCCCAAGAAACACCGCGCCAUCGAAGGCGUCGGAGUCUCCUCCAUCCUUGAACUCAAAGCCCAUCUCUACAAAUCCCAAGAAGAAUCCAAGAAAUCCAAGGAAUUAACCGGUUCCGACGUCGACUACCACCGUGCAAAGAAAAAAAUCUCCGCUCAGGAUACCUUCUCCUUCAAGAACUCCGGCGUCGAAUCUCGCGCCCUCAAGGACAAGCUUGAGCUUAAAGCUGUUAACGAUGGGUCAGUUAGCUAUGCGGCAUUGGAGAAGAAGGCUGAAUUAUAUGAUAAGUUAGUGAAGGGAGAGUUAUCUGAUGAAGAAGAUAAGGAGAAGUAUUGUGUUGAUUUUUCCAGGAAGGGUUUCGAGUUCGAGAAAUUGGAGCCGUCGAAAGUCGAUCCUGAUUCUGGUAAUUUAGGAGCAGAAGAUGAAGGCGGUGGUGAGAUUGAUGAUGGCCAUGCUUUGUUUAAAACGAAAUUCGUAGGGCCUGGAAGAACGGGUGGAACCAUUAACAAUGAUGAACAUAAACGCUUUGUAAGGGAAGUUCAUGAAGAAGCUAAUCAAGCAAGGGAAAUGGUGUCCGAGCUUAAAUUGCGAAGGCAAGAGCAAGCAAUGGCUCGUCGCGAGAAACUCAGACAGGCCUAUCUUCGGAAACAACUGGAGAAACUGAAGGCUGCAUCAAAAACAGAACAGACUUGAUUGACUGGCUCGCCAGAAAGGAGAUCCAUGCAUUAUUUUAUCGGCCAGGAUUGAGCUGUAUGUAUCCGAGCACCCAACAUAUGAUAGGCUCCAGCAUUGCUUUUCUAUCUGCAAUGAAAAUGAAUGGGAUUUUUCUUGAGCACUUUCACUGGUUUCCUCUUUUGUACAUUGUAAUUUUAGGCUAUAUUAUUCAAACUUGGAGGUAAAUGUUGGUUAUAAGUAUAUGCCGGACAUAAGUAUAUUCAAUUUUUUUUCCUUAAAAUUUUCAUGUAUGUUGAUGGUCAUUGAACGAUCAUAUCUUCAUAUUAUGUAUGAGUUUGUAUCGGGCCAUCAACAGGCCGAGAAGCAUCGUAAAUUUAUCUCGAUUAAGUCA